GCGGGCUCCGGGCUGCAGCAGGAGCCGCUUUGCGCGAGGAAGGGAGAAAGGAAAGAAGGAGUGUUGCCGUUGCCGUUGCGUGAAGCCUCGCGGACUCUACAAUGGCAAUUAAGCUUCAUAUAAUUUUCCUCCUUUUACUUUGUGGAGCCUGUUACCAUGGCUUGGAACCAGCCACUAUUUCACAAACAACAGAGAAACUCAUUCCUGAGAUGGCAGCUGGGAUCAAUGUUGAUUUGGCCAAGUAUAUGCAGAGAUGUCACCUUCUGGAACUCUUCUCUCGUUAUGGGGAGAACAAUACUUUGACUGUUGAAGGGUUUAGAAAACUGUUACGAAAUAUGGGCAUUGAGAAAAUGAAAAGAAUUUCCCUAGAUCACGAGCACCAUCAUCAUCAUCACAAUCAUGAUGCUCCCACUACAAAAGCUGAGAAAACAGGUUGUCCUCAUGAUGAAUCUGGUAAUGGAAACAAAGAUGUCCACAGUAAUCAUGCAAAAGAGCAUACAGAGCACCAGCAGGGCCCUAUGAAUACCAAGAGCACCACAGUUACUAUAACUGCAUCCACUUACACUAUGGCCACGGAGGAUAACCCUUUGCUAGAGCAUUCAGAGGCUGCAGAAUUGAAAUCUACACAUACAAGUAUUGCUAGCCCCAAUCCCAGCCUUGAGUCAGAAAGCAACAAUAUGAGUUUACUGGCAAAUGAAAAAGCAAAUGAAUCGCUCACCCUCACAAAGGAAUCUGAAAGCGGAAGCUACAUGUAUUCUAAAAUAAGAAAACCAGUUACGCAAGAGUGCUUCAACGCAUCAAAACUCAUGCUUUCUCAUGGAAUAAGUACACAAGUUUUGUUAACAGCUACAGACUUCAGUUAUCUUUGUCCAGCUAUUGUUAAUCAGAUUGAUGGCAGAUAUUGUUUAAUUCACACAACAAGUGAAAAGGCAGAAACGCCCCCAAAAACAUUUUCAUUGCAAGUAGCUUGGAUUGGUGGAUUUAUAUCCAUUUCCAUCAUCAGUUUUCUUUCAUUACUGGGUGUAAUUUUGGUACCUCUUAUGAAUCGAGUAUUUUUCAAAUUUCUGUUAAGUUUCCUUGUGGCAUUAGCAGUUGGUACUUUAAGCGGUGAUGCUCUUUUACAUCUCCUUCCACAUUCUCAUGGAAGCCAUCAUCAUCAUCCUGAGAAGCCAGUAGUAGAACACAAUAAAGAUCCCUCUUUUAAGCAUCUUGUAUUUGAAAGUGCAGAAGAAAAUGCUUAUUUGGAUUCUACCUGGAAGGGCCUCACAGCACUUGGAGGACUAUAUUUUAUGUUCCUUGUUGAGCACUUAAUCACUUUAAUUAAACAGUUUAAAGACAAGAAAAAAAAGAAAAAAAAUGAAGACGAUGAAGCAGAAAUCAAGAAGCAGCUGUCUAAAUAUGACUCUCAGCUUUCAAACAAUGAAGAAAAAAUGGAUACAGAUGACCGACCUGAAGUUUAUCUGGAGACACACUCACAUGAGCAAUCAAAUUUCAUCUCUCAGAAGCCAGUAGCACAAGAAGAAGAAGAAGUGAUGAUAGCUCACUCUCAUCAGGAAACUGCUGACAACGAGUAUGCAUCCAGAGGAUGUAGAAACAAAUGUCAUUCACAUUUGCAUGACACUCUAGGACAGUCAGACCAUCUGGGUCAUCAUCACCAUGACUACCACCAUAUUUUGCAUCACCAUCAUCAUCAGAACCAUCACCCACAUAGCCAUAGUCAGCGAUAUUCACGAGAAGAACUGAAAGAUGCCGGUAUAGCUACACUAGCCUGGAUGGUAAUUAUGGGUGAUGGACUACACAACUUCAGUGAUGGUCUUGCAAUUGGUGCUGCAUUUACUGAAGGCUUAUCUAGUGGCUUAAGUACUUCUGUUGCUGUCUUUUGCCAUGAGUUGCCACAUGAAUUAGGAGAUUUUGCCGUGCUUCUCAAAGCUGGCAUGACUGUCAAACAAGCUGUUCUUUACAAUGCCCUCUCAGCGAUGUUGGCAUACCUUGGAAUGGCUACUGGCAUACUCAUUGGUCACUAUGCUGACAAUGUUUCCAUGUGGAUCUUUGCACUGACCGCUGGGCUGUUCAUGUAUGUAGCCCUUGUUGAUAUGGUGCCUGAAAUGCUCCAUAACGAUGCUAGUGAUCAUGGAUGUAGCCGGUGGGGAUAUUUCCUGUUACAGAAUGCUGGAAUUCUGUUAGGUUUUGGUAUUAUGCUUCUUAUCUCUGUGUUUGAACAUAAAAUUGUGUUCAGCAUAAACCUAUAAGUUUGGAUCUAGAUUGAUCCUUAGUGGAGUUUUGCUUGCACUGGAGGAAAGAAUGGUUCUUCUUCCCUCUGCAAGCCCAUGUAUCCUUUGAAAAUCUGCUUGAAAUGUUGAUGGCCCUCUAGAUUAAUUGGGGCGACCCCACGGGGUCGGAAGAAAUAGAAGAUUUUGCUUCCCUUCUUUCUUCCAGCGAGGAGCCUCUGCUGCAUCUCAAGUUACUUCCAUGAACAGAAAAUCUGUGCUUCAUGGAAAUGACACUCUGGAUCCAAUCCUUCUAUGUUUACUUUCUGUUACUAAAGUUGAAAAUGUUACUGUUAGGCACAUCUAUCCCCUUUUGCUGCCCCCAACUUAAUUGUCUACUGAUUAAGCAUUUAGAUUGGGCAUUUUUUUUUUUGCAGGGAGAUACUGAAUUUGUUAAACUCAUUGCACACAUGGUGGAGUACUGGCCUAUUAAAUACCAAAUUUUAACAAACAUAAUAGAAACUGAAACUAUAAGGAAUGAAUUCUUUAACUUGUAAACUGUUUUAACAUCAUUUAAUCUUGCAAAUGUAACUACAGCAUGCAAUGUCAGGUUUUGUCUUGUAUAUGUUUAGCUGGUACAGACAUGUGAAGUGGUACUACUUUUAAUGUUCCUGAUAUGAAACAACAUAAGGUUGUCAUUUUCAUUGUUGUAUUCAAAUGAUAAAAAAAAAGUACUCUGGGAAUUUGUAAAUGCAUAUGCUAUAAACAAGUUUCUCAAUGAAGAAAUUUAAUAUUACAUUACCAUUAAUAAUUAUAUGAUCUUUGAUCUAUCCUUACUAAACGUUUACAGAAAGUAAAAUAUGCUAAAAUAAAAAUUUCCGUUGGCUUAAACAUCAAAUUCUAGCCAAACCUCUGCGCUGAAGAAAUACAUUCAUUUGCUUGUUGGAAUUUCACACAUUUUCCGCAAGCCAUACAAUGGUUGGAAAUGGGGGUGUUUGGCAGAAAUAUUAAAAAGCAGACUUCCAAAAUUUGGGAUUUUUGUAAGAAAAGGACUACACAGACAGGAGUAGGAAGAUGAUUCUAGGUAAUCUUGCAGUGUAUAUUGUGUUGUAAGUCUUUCUGAGUUUAGUGGUGCAUAUGAAUCUUCAGAAGCCAACUAGUAGAGAGAGUGAAUUGUUGAAUCAGAAUGAGUUUUUGACACCAUGCAUUGGCUAAAGAUAGAAACAGUGAUGGAAAGAAUACACUUCACUUCCGAGGGAACUGGAUUCUUGAAUACUUGGUGCUAUGAAAAGAUUUGAUCAUGUGUGGGACAGAUUUGCCAAGGUUCUAAAACAGGUGAUAAGAGACAUUUCAUACUUUACUUCAUAGAGUAGCAGGUUCACUCAUCAACCUAAUCGAACAAUAUUACUUCUAAAAUGUGGUUAUCCACUAUAAUCCCAAUUUGGGGAGGAAAGGUGGGAUAUAAAUUAAAUGUUUUUAAAAUAUGGUUCAAAUUUCUUGUCUUGUGAUGUUUUCUGCAUACAAAGAAACGUAUAUUCUUGAGUUUUUAAAGCACUUCCAAGUGCAAAACUUUUUUUAUACUCUUUAUUCACCUUCAAAAAAAAUUUUUCUGGGUAAAAACAUUGCCAAUCUGUACACAUCAAUGAAGCUAAAUACAUGGCUUUGAAGUACCCCAGUAUUGUAUUUCAAAUGUACAUAUUUAGCUUUAUUGAUGUAUAUAAAUUGCAGGUACAAAUCCAAUCCAGUACUGUCUACUAAAGUGGAGGUUACAAAAAUCAGUGGGAUCAGAAGCAUUUUGGAUCCAAUAUGCACAGGUGUAACUUUUAUAUUGAUUUUUGUAAGGUAAAUGCUUGUUAAUGUCUAGGAAAAGGUAGGGUCUUCAUUGUAUAACAAGAAGUCUUGUUGAAGAAGUCUUAUAUCUAUAAUUGAACAAAAAUACCUUGACUUUUUCUGGAAUCUAGAAUGCAUUCCCUGCUUUACUUGACACAACACUUAAUUGUCUGCAAGUUUUGACAGAGUAUGGGACUGGAGUAUACUGUACCUCCAAAUUUCAAGUUGGAUAAAAAUUGUUAAUUGGUGUAGUUUGGACAUCAUUUUUUUUUAAUUAAACACUUCAGUGCAUUGUA